AAAAAGACUCAGACAGUCUUCAAAAUGGCCUUGGGUUGGAAGGUGUUAUUCCUCAUUCUGUUGGCGGGAUGUAGUGUAGUACUGGAAAGCACGCAGGCCUUGAAGGUGUCAGAAAGAUGCGGGAAGGAUACCAACACUUUCCUCUGGGAAAUUAACCAGGACAGGCCGAGGGAAUAUGCCGUCCACAUGUACGAUGCAUUUGGAAAAAUGGGAAGCAAUGUUGAAGGAGGCAACGCCAACCAGCCUGGCCUGCUGCAGCAGUGUCGCUCUGCUCACGGUCCCACCUUCUCUGGACAGUACUGCCAGGUGUUCCUCAGGCAGGGAACAGUCCAGUACUUUGUGGGUAUUUGUGUUCCUGACUCCUGCAGAGAAGAGGAGGUGCAAAUGCUGGUGCUGAAUGGGACACUUCGUUAUGGUCAGACGUCCCUCAUCCCUCCUCUACCUCACAUCUUGGUCAAUCAGUCUGCUCAGGAGAUGAUCAUGACUCACUGUUUGUCCAAGUCGAUCACUCCUGAUGCAUCAGAUGUCACCUGCUUGUUUGUGUGUUGUGUAAUGGUAGCAGUUCCUCUUGCGGCUACCUUGUUUACAGCAAUAAUAAGAUGGCAGCGGAACAGAGAGGUCAGUCCAGCAGCAGAGUCAUCCUGUUUAAACCCCAGCCUCAACCUUUAUGGCACCUUGAAGACCAACGGCUCCUCCAAUAGUGAAAUUACUAGCAGCACUUCGGAGGAGAAAAGUAAUAGCAGCACCAGCCAUGCUUCGCAGUGUUUUUCUCGAAGUUGUGUGUACCCGUGCCUUCAGACGUUCUCUCUACAAACUACCAGCCAGGGUGUCCUCAGCGCCUCCUCAACCAUCCCAGGAGGAGGCUACUCCUUCCUGAAUGGCAUCCGUGUUCUCAGCCUGUUGUGGAUCAUAUGCGGCCACUCUGCGCAGUUCCCCGUAAUAAACAACCUGGAUAACUACAAAAACUGGAGGAGAACAGUGGAAAGCAGCCCUCUGUAUGUGCUGGCUAUCAGCGGACCGGUUUUUCUGGCUGUGGACACCUUUUUACUGCUAGGGGGUCUGCUUAGUGCAAGGUCUCUGCUGGGCUCCAUCAACAGGGCCGAAGACCAACUGAGCCCCAGAUUGGUGGCCAGCUUCUUCUUCAAGAGGAUUAAAAGGAUUCAACCACUGCAUCUGUUUAUCAUGUGUCUAACCAUUGGCCUCAUCUCUCUGGUUCAGUGGGGACCCUACUGGUUCCCAUUUAUAGAUACUUUAAUGGACUGUAAGACUUACUGGUGGGCUAACUUACUGUUGGUCAGCAAUCUCCUCCCAGUCCAUGAGAUAUGUAUUCCUUGGACAUGGUACCUGUCUCUGGACUUCCAGUGUUACGCCACUACUCCCCUGUUGGUCUACUUUUACAGACUAAACAGAGGUGUAUUUGCAGCUGUUACUGGAAGCCUCUUGCUGAUCACCACUGCGACCAGUGCUGUCAUAACUGGACUCCUGCAGCUGCCAGUCUUUCAGCCAUCUACCCUGACAUCUGAGAAUUAUGUCUUGUACUACUAUGUAAAACCCUACACACGAUACGGGCCAUUUUUAAUAGGGAUCUUGACAGGAAUACACUUGACAACCAAGAAAGAUCAGCUUAUAAAGCAAAAGUGGCAGGCAGCACUCGGCUGGUUCUGCUGUCUGUCACUCAUGGCUGUGUUGGUCGGACUGGCCUUCGUCCUCAGGGAGACCCCAGCCUAUCCAUCUGUGCCACAUGCUCUCUACCAGGGACUGCACAGGCUGCUCUGGGCCCUGGCUGUGACCUGGAUCAUACUGGCCUGUGAGGAGGGUUAUGGAGGUUUUAUCAAGGCUUUCUUGUCACUGGGGUUCUGGGUUCCUCUGUCCAACAUUAGCUUUGCAUGCUAUCUGACCCAUCCUGUCUUCAUCAUCCUCUACAUCGGCCUGCAAGAAACCCCAAUCCACUACACAGACAUUAACUUUAUGUACCUGUUCCUCGGCCACCUGGUGCUCACGCUGGUGGUGAGCUAUGUGUUUACAGUGCUGGUUGAGAAGCCCUACCUCCUGCUAAAAUGGAGCAGCAGAUAGAGACAAAUCAGCACACAAAAGACUUAUCUCAUUAACAUCCUUGUUCUUGUUUUAUAUUUGCUUGUACCUUCUAAGCUACAUGCCAGUGCUCCUGUUAAAAUUCGCUUUUGUGGAUAAUAACAAUAAUAAUAUAAUGGUAGAAAACUCCCUGCAUGUAACUUAAUGAAAAUUAAACUACACACUGAUAAUGUUGAAAAUAUAUUGGAAAAAUA